UUAUCGUCAGUACAGCAUCCCUCAUCUCACUCUACCCGGUGGCACCCACUUCAUCCCCUUCUAUUGCUUAAAGGGGGUGCGGGAAUAAGUUGACUGAGAGGAAAAACAAUGAUGGUGGUGGCCAAAAACAUUAAGGCCCAGAGAAGACCACCGCCGUUUACCGCCAGUGUCAUAAUCAGUGCGAAAUCAGCCGCCGUUGUUGUAUUAUCAUCUAUAUAAUAUUUUAACAUUAUUGAUAAUACUAAGUAAAAUAAUUUUAAUAAUAAUAAUCAAGUUGUUGUGUGUAUAAUUAUGUAUUAUAUAGUUUACUGCUAGCAGUUGUGCGGAUAAUAGUUUUCCAGUGUGGUGAAUAAAUGUGUAUCUUGCGAUUAAGGAUUUUAUUGGAUUCCUUGUACACUGGAAAAAUAAAAUAAAAAGAUAUAUUUAUCGGUAUUUCCUACAUUUGGUUUUCCUAAAACUAAUUUGAUGGAGAAUACUACUUCAACCACAUUUACAACUGAUAAUCAAUCGUCAAAUAAGAAUAACGAAUUGAAAAAUGGGGAAAAUAUCGAAGAUUGCCAACAACAGCAUCAGAGACGCCAGAGGGCUACCGGAAAUGGUCGGUGGUGUACCAGCAGCGUUCGAUCACGAUCAUCUACAUCAUUUCUCAUACACAAUUUACUAAUAUCUUGUUCGGGUGAUGCUAGUGACGUGCAAACAACUGUAUCUCCUCCAUCACAUCCGUUGGUUGAACAAGAUAACGACAAUGAAGAUACUAGUAAUAAUAGUAGCAGCAGUGAAGGCAAAAGUAGAAGUUGUAGUCCACAAGAGAUACAACUAUCAUCCCCUGUAAUGGAUGUAAAAGAAGAAAAAGAAGAUGAUGUUAAUGGAAUGUACGAUGCAGAACACUACAGAAUUAAGAGACGUAAAUGCACCAUUCCUUUUAGAAGGAGAACAGCUAAGAAAAAAGAGAGCAGCAGCACUAAUGCUAGCGGUGAUAGUGAUAUUGAAAAAAGAGAAAUUGAUAAAGAAGCAUCAUCACUAAAAGUUUCUGAGGAAGAUUCACAAAUGCCAUCAAUGCAAACCCAAUCACCACCUAUUUCAAUAUACCUAUCCACAACUAUGAAUCAUCAACAUCAACAAUCUGCGAUACAAACAUCAACCCAAACACCUACUUCAACGUCAACCAUGCCUGUGUCAUCGUUAAACUUCAGCGUAAACGCCAUUCUCAGUGGAGGAGGAUGUUCUAAUGGGCGAAGCAAUAGUACUAGUAGUAACUGUAGCACCGGAAGCAACGGGAGUAACGGGUCCAGUGGUUUCGGGUACGGUGGAAAAAUGAUGCCGCAUCAACAAAAUAUAUAUGACACUGGUCAACAGCACAGCCAACAUUUGGCGUCUGCUGCUUUUUUGCGAAUUACAGCCGCGGCCGCAGCAGCUUCCGCUUCAUCGCCUUCUGGUCCAAUGUUUUACCAUCAUCAUCAUCUCGCUUCAGUCGCUGCUCUCCACCACCACCACCACCACCAACAACAACAACAACAACAGCAACAACAACAACAGCAUCAGCAGCAGCAGCAGUUACUCCAAAACCGAGUACACGCGGCAACCUGCAGUCCGUCACCUACACCUCCGCCGUCUUGUCUACAGGCCGCCGCGUCUAACACACCGCCCACUUGCACCUUCUUGACGGACGCCACCAGCACAGUGACCACUGUUCCACAGCCUGCACAAUCUCUUCGAACCAUUGCCAAGCCCAUCGCACGCAGGCCCACCAACUCCGCGAAUCCCAAUGUGGGCUCCAACGGGAAUCUCCACAACUCCGCAUUGCUGCCUCUGGCCGCCGCAAAUUUGGAGUCCAACGGACCAUCGAGCAGCGGCGGUGGCGGCGGUCUGGCGAACAACGCCAAUGAGAGUUCUGGCGGUGGCGGCGCAAGUGUGUGCAAUUCCACCGCACUGUCGAACACGUCCACUUCAUCUUCUACUAAUCCCGGUCCAGGACGACCAAAUGGAGCUGGAAUAAACAGGUUCCCUAUAGUACACCCUCAGUACAAUUAUCGCCAUCAUUUAGCUCAUCAACAUCCUCACACUCAUCAUGAAAUCCUCAUGAUGCAGUCUCGAUCAAAUGGAGUACCUAGCGCGAACAACGGAACAUCGAACUCUCUGGCUUCCGUUCCUCCGUCGCCUUUUUCAUCUUCCACCACGUGGCCUUAUAGUGGGGGAUCCAGUGCAAACGGAGGAGGAUCUGUACAUAUAACCGGAACGACUGCACAUCAUCAUAGAAUUACGCCAUUGCACCAUCAUCAGCAUCAUCCGUCAGCAACAACCAUGCUAUUAAUGAGCACCAACAACAACACCUUAAACGUGAUGAACGGUGUAGUAGUUGGUGGAAAUAACAGGGGAAAACCACGGAGGGGCAUGAUGCGACGGGCCGUGUUCUCUGACGCACAACGGAAGGGCUUAGAACGUCGGUUUCAGGUGCAAAAGUAUAUCAGCAAACCAGAUAGAAAGCGAUUGGCCGACAAGUUAUCGUUAAAAGAUUCACAGGUAAAGAUAUGGUUCCAAAACCGUCGGAUGAAGUGGCGCAAUACUAAGGAACGGGAACUACUGGCGGCCGGCACGGGUUGCCGUGAACAGACAUUGCCGACGAAGAACAACCCAAACCCAGACCUGAGCGACGUGACGACGACGUCCACAGCAACGCCCAAUAGUAGCGCGUUGUCGUCUUCUUCGACGGCGGCAACAACGUCGACCGCGGGACUCGGAGCGGCGACGUCGGCGAUACCAACGUCGGCAGCUAGCCAACAGGAUAAAAAAAAUAUCAACGGCAUGAAAAACCACCAUCAACAUCCACAUCACCAUCAGCAGCAGCAUCAUCAUUCGGUCCAACAGAAGCAGAUACAACAGAAGAAGAUCAACGUGGCGGUGGAUCAAAUGCUGCUGAACAGAGGCAACGGUGGUGGCGGAGGUGGAGGGCCACUAGUCGUCAGGCAACAGCAAGUGUUGUAGUAUAAUUAUAAUUACGAUAAUAAUAAUAAUAAUUAAAUAAUAAUAAUAAUUAUAAUAAUAAUAUAUUAUACGUAUA